CCAAAUUCAAGAGGUCAAACAGUCGCCAUCGUAGGUGCGAUACACCUGAACUGCGGACAAGGUCCUCUUCAUGAAUGCUCUUGCAUUGUCAGUAGUAUUGUUCUUGUGCGAACCACCCCAGGCAUCUCGUAGUAACCCCACCAGGAGCUGCUUUAUUGAUCAGUACUAAGGCUCAAAAACGACGAAACCUGAAAAAAACAGGCAGACAAACGAUAGUAAUACGUCAAAGAGGCCAUUAAGCACGGGAUACUGUUACCCUAACCAGGAACGUGCAGUCGUGCGAUCGUCGUUUUCGCACGAACUGACAGCUCACUGUGGCUAUAUACGGCGCGCGUUAAAAUUUUAAUAUUAGUUGUCAUCGCUUAGGAGAAGUGCGUGCGUCGUCGAUGUCUUCGUCAAUUCUUGCCUCGCACAAUGCUUCGGCGCUUACAGCUUUGGAUAAAGAACAGGGCGAAGUUUGUCAAGGAGUAAUCAAGAAACUGUUCCCGGCCAAACGUUACGGAUUCGUUGUUCUCGAAUGCAUCCAUCAUAUAGGAGAGGCUCAUUUCAACUACUCGGAUCUAUUAAUGGACGACAGAGACAAAAAUGCUCUGUGCGUCGGAUGGCGUCUCCAGUUUACCGUCGUUUCGCAGGACAGACCAACAGCUCACUGCGAGUAUCGAGCUCAAGCGGUUCGAGCCUUUCCUGUGAUGGUCAUCCAAUGUGAAGUGUACGACGCUUCGAAGGAACCUUUAGAAUUCAUCAGUAGUGAGAUCGGAAAUAAGCGCAUAUUCUGCUACAAAAAAUAUUUCAAUGGGAAAGUUGAAGGAUCCACGUCCCGCGAGACGUGUCGCGCUGCUAUUUCAUGGAACCAGCUUAAAGCACCUCAGCCCCUCGCUUCGCAUUGUUCCCAAGACACGCCCGCAGUACCAAAUACACCAGGACAGCAUACCCGCACUCCACAUAAAACACCGGAAAGGAAAACUAUCCGUAGGGACGUUUCGAGCUUGGGGUUUCCGCACACUCUGGCCAGCACUCCAGCCAGCGUGAAAAACUCGAUCAGCAACGUACACAUAGAUCGUACGAGACUAAAAGGCUACCAGCUGAGCUCUGGCGACCUUCCUUCAGGUCGUUCUCUACAUACAGUGCUAAGUGGUCCCCGACGACCUGACGACAUCGGCGCGCCAUAUUCACAUUCGAAUCCAACCUCUACUCCGAAAGCUGAACGAAACUUUCAAUCGUGGAUGAUCACGCCCGGGAUUGACGACGUAUCUACCAACACUUCGGUGGAUGCCCUUCAACGAGAAGACCAGUCGGCGAAACACAACGUCUGGUUCGAUUUACGUACGCCACAAGACGUAUGGAACAGACGCGUCGUGACAACGCCACGAAAUCUUUGCGAAGAGUUCACAGCUUGCGAUAAUACGCUGGACUCGCCGUUGCCAACUUCAAAAGCGAACUUCACUGGAAUGGACGAUGCAUGCAGCCGGUACAGAUCGCAAGUAAUCAGCGUUUCAUUGGCUGACGGGCUAAAGCAGGGUAUUCCAACCACUUGUUCGGCCUCCUGUGAUAAUAUGCUGCUGCAGCAGUCUUCGCUCGACGGCAUUAGUCAGUACGAUACAAACGCAAAAAACGUCGAUCCAGUCGGAAGCCGUCGCUUGUUCCCGUCGUCACUUGGCACCCCGCAGCUAAACACACUGGGAUUCAAUGUACAACAUAUGCAUAAGAACAAUUUGGCCUUCGAUUCUGUGCUCGACCCAUACCAGGACUUCUCCACAACGCGAACGCCCCUGACUAGUUAUUCGGUCCAAGUAAACGCUUUGCGUCCUUCUGAGCACGCUCUGUCGAAAGCGCAAUUUGAUGCGAUGCUAGGCGAUUUCGACGCGGGUUCGAUAGCGACGCGUGGACAGACAGGCCAAAAUCAUUAGUCUUUAUAAAAAGAAGAAAAGAAUCCCGUUGCCAAGAUCUAAGUGAUGUAGUAAGUUUUCCUAAGGAUCAUGUAACAGUAAUCGGCUUACACUGUUAUCGAAAUGUUUAAUUAUUUAUGCAAACAAAUGUGCCAUAGCUACAACAGGGUAGCUUAAGGCGUCGUACGCACUCGCGGUUACUUGUUGAGCAAAUUCAGGGUCCAAUUAAGUUUCGUAGAUUAGCUAUGGUCUUUCAUUGUCAAAUUCAAAAGCAAACCAACUGCAAGUUUAAGGACUAGAAGUGAUACUAACGUUGGCCGCGAUGCCCCGGAAUGGACGAAACUGCGAGACGGCAUUGAAUUCAUUAUUUAGAAUCAACUGGCUCCAAGUUAAUAGCGAUGCUGCAGCUACAGCCACAGCAGAACAGAUCUGACGAUAAUGUUUACCAAAUAUUUAAUUUAAUAAUUAUUGGUUUAUACGAUUUUUUUUUCCAUAAGCAACGGCGUAUAUAUGUGUUAUGUUAGCGUUUCGUACGUUUCGAAAACUGGCAAGUUGAUCCAUUCUUACAUGGAAACGUUCGCGUGUUUUUAUAGAAAACUUUGUUUGGCUUGUUCUUGUAAACUUGUUGAAAUUGUACACAGCUUUCGAACCUUUGUAGGCUCGGUUAUCGAACAGAAUAUAGAAACAAAACAGCAACCAAUCUAAAUGAAUAUUCGAGUAUAAAGCAGUAGGCUCGGCCAGGUAAAACCUAGCUUCAGGACGCUAAAUAUUGAGUUACAGAUUCGUCCACAGAUUGUUGACUGCCUUAAGGCGUCGACCUGUUCAACAGGACGCCAGAGUGACGAUUUCGCAUUUUUCGCCAGAGGGCAUAUUCGUUGUUGUCUUUUCAUGUGUGCCUCUGUAGAGAGCAGACGGAAUACAGACUGUCAUUUAUUGACCUCACGCAAUUAUCGUUUACGCGGUAGAGAUCAUGAACAAGGCAUGGUACCAAAUUGUCUUCAUUGAGCAUGUCCGUUACAUUGCGGUGUGAUCACUAUUACCAGCAGUAUUAUUAUUUUAAAUAAUCAUUACCAUAUUAGAUCUUCAUACGCAUAAUACAUACUUAUGUUAAUCUUCAUAUUACGACACGUUACUCUUAUAUAAUACUUAUUAGAAGUUUGUAUCAUCUCCAAAUUACCUGCCGAUGAUACUCGUGCCGAUAGAGAUUUUACGAUGUUAUCAUGAAAGCCACUGUAGCGGUCUUUGCCCAGUGCAGCCAUAGUUAGCAAGCCAAGUGUUUUUACUCGAUCGAAAUACAUACAUACAUACAUACAUAGUUUAUAGGGAAGUUGACAUAUGAAUACCUGUUCCUAGUAAAUAACAACAGACACAGAUAUUUACAUUGUAUCUGAAUAACACGAUAAAGAUUGAUGUUACAUAAUUAGGUUUUAAGCGUUUCUACAAUAUGAGGAGUAAGUUGUGCGCGUGAAUCCCAGGACAGAUAGGGGCUUAGCUGGUGGAAUCAGUUUUAUCAAAUUGAUGCGUUCAGCCGUAGCCGUUAUACAUCUGAUAUGUGCUAUAGUUCUCCUGCUGCAAAAGAAAUUUCUUCCGAUUAUUUUUAGACGAAGUAGAUAGAUUGACAGAAAAAUAGAGAAAAAAAAAAAAAAAAACCCUCGGCGUCGCAGUCGUUAUGUACGGUAAACAACUUAAACUUCUACAGCGUAUCUGAAGGACACUUAACCAACGAUAGCUGAACCGAGAACAAACGUAUCGUCAUCAUACGAAUGCUAUGCACUUAAUCUGUUUAUUUCUAAUUUUACUUAACAUGUAUCGUGUAGGCUCUAAUAAGUUUCAACGUGGCUUGUGGCUUAAGUGCUGUCUCUAGGUACAUCGACAACGGUUUGAUAGUGCUAUCCAUGUGUUAAACGAUUUUAAAACGAACAAGAAGAGAAAGUGCUUUGAAAGCAAAUAAAUAACAUGUUGACUAAACUUUAAAGGAAAAAUCA